CAUUUAUUGAUUUCGCGGGACAGCAAGUAUCUAGCGGAUCCGUUACGGUCAUUUCCGUCUGACUCCUGCAGCGAAGAGGGCGCUUGACUCAGGAAAGCUGAAUGCGACCGGAGGUUCCAUCCACUGGAUCGCCAAGCUUCAUUCCAGCUUUCGAACUGCAAAGUUGUUGUCGAUUCAGCCAGUUACUUGGCCAUCAUGAAGAGCUUAACGCUUCUCAUAUACUUCCUAAGCUUGAUUGGAAGACAGUGUGAAGGCUCGGCCACCUUUAAUUCACUUCCACGCAAGUUUUCUUCGAUAGACGACGACUUUUGGGAAAUAGGCGACGGAGAGCAGAUCAGGCAGUUAAUGAAGGGUUUGUUUUCGGGUCCCUUGAAAGGGGAACGUACGACGAUUAUCAUCCCUGAGGACAUUGGUUCUUUAGCUAAUGAGUUCCUCGAUCUACCAGAGACGCCGAUUUCUGUCUUGUGCCUCCCGAAGGAGAAACCAGAGAGUCUCAACAUUACUCUGAACAACACAAACAUCAUUACUCAUGAUCUUAACCAACAAGAUAUUCGUAGCUUGAAGACUAAUGACAGCGGUUCAAUCGUUACCGAUAAAUAUACAAGUAAGUUCGUCUCCUCUUUCUUAUAAGUUUAUCAUGAUGAUUAUACUACGACCUUCCAUAUCAGUUCUGCUUUUGUAAUUACAUCAGCAGCACCAAUGACUGAAACAAUAGUUGUAGGAUCUGCGUACCGGCAGUUGAGCAUGCUGUUUACAUUUAUCUUUGGAGUUAGUAUACGGAAUAUCUUGCAGAUUCAUUCAGAAAGACUUUGAGAUCUAUCAAGAAGCAAUUCCCAGAGCCCCAAUAGAUCAGAACAAAUUAUAUAAGACACUUUAAAACUCAUUUUCUUACAGGCGUGGCCAUAGCCAUCGUGAGGUCUGCAGACGUGCAUUGGUGGCCCCUUUGGUUUCCCGUCAGACACUGGUCAUCUGGCGCUGUUCUUCUGGUCUCGAUAACCACACCGUGUGAAAGGAAUAACUUCAUGAAAGUGCCGUUCAUGCGAGCACCUUGGGCAGCUUUCAUCUGUCCCAGGAUACCCCGGAUGAAAAGCAAGAUGGGGCCAACGUACCAUAUCUGGACUACUUUGCCAUAUACCACAGGAAACAAGUCGAUCGCACUGGGCGUCUGGAAGCCUGAGGCGUUCGGUCACUGGAGCGACCUUUUCAUAGACCGAUUUCGAGACAUGGGAGAGAAGAUGAUGACCGUCCUCGGGUUCGGAAUUGAUGUACCGCUGCUUUAUGCGCACGUUGACGGAGGUCAGCCCAAAGGGUUGUGUUUCAUCAUAUUCCACGCCUUGUCCCAAUGGCUCGGCUUCCAUUACGACGUCCACCUCACUCGGGACACGUCGUUCCACAUCAUCGAAGACACCGUCAUGAGAGGCCAGAACGACGUCAUCCUGAACUUCGCCGGCCUCACGCCCUCCAGAUAUGAAGAGUUCUCGCUCACCGUCCCCUAUCACUACGAAGGAUUCGGUUUGAUGUUAGAAGUUCCACCGCCCCUUCCUCAGUGGCAAAAUUUUAUCUUCCCCUUCACGUGGCAAGUCUGGAUAGCUACUCUGGUCACCAUCCUCAUAACGGGCAUCAUAUUCCACCUGCUGAAUUACCAGGAGGAGAAAUCUUUCGCUAUCAAUCUCAUCAUCGUCGCACAGUCCGUGUUGGCGAAACCCAUGGACAACAUCCCCGAAAGAUGGCGCGUUCGAUCUUUCCUUCUGAUGUGGUGGCUUCUGUCCUGGCUCUUGGAGUUGUCCUACUUCUGCAACCUCAUUGCUGUCUUGACCAUCCCUGUUUUUCCGAAGAAGAUUCAGACGGCACAAGAAUUAGCUGACAGUAGAUACAGAGUAUGUUUGCUAGACUAUGGUGAAUUUGUCGCUGAAGCCUUGCCUGCCUCAACACACCAUACUUUAGCUGCUCUUGGGGCAAAACUGGAUCUUGUCCCAGUAAUGGACAACAUGCCAAAUGCUGGGGAAGAAGGGUGCGUUGAGUUAGUACUCAAAGGUACGCACAGCCACUUAGAAACAUACUCAUAUACCGUCUACCUGUACAGCAAGUUGGGGCACAGUUCUACUGUCUAUCCUCUGAAAGAACAAAUAUAUUCAAAUUAUUUGGCUUUUCCUGUUCAGAAGGACGCUCCUUGGAAGUACAAGUUUGAUGAGGGAAUGCAACGACUCUUUGAGGGUGGAUUGAUAAAGAGGUGGAUGAAGGAAGCAAUGAUAGAAGCUCUGGAUGGUGUCAAAACAGAGAUCUCGUCUUCAAUGUCUGAAGCCAAGGCUCUGAGUCUGGGUCACCUUCAGAGUGCAUUUUUCAUUCUGGUCAUGGGUUUUUUUGUUUCAUUGGUGGUAAUCAUAGGUGAGUUCUUGGUUUCCUAUCAAAAGAAUGGCUCUGUCUAUGGCUAAGGUUUUGACUGGAUUGGUGACAGUUUUGUCAGAGUCCUACUGACUUCUUUACAACCAAGGAUGAAGUUUGCCUGUUGUUUAUCAUUUUGGAAAUAAUAGUUAUAACUUUUAGUCAUUAUUUACGCUAAACAAUGUUAAACAAAGCUGUAUAUAAAUUGGAAAAAACUUUUGCCAUAUAUUAAAAAAAUUUGCUGCAGUAUUACUCUCAUAAGCCUAUAUCAAUACUUGUUUUCAAUGGUUAUUUCUUUAAAAAAUUAUAACCCAAUUUCCUUGUAAAGAAACAGAGUUAAUAAUAAGUAAUAAGAUGUUGAGAAUAUUUAAGUAGUUGCUCUGUGAUCAAUCUAGUGU